AACUCGCAUAUUUCCGUAACUGACAAGAAGGCGUUUCUCGUGACCUCGUCACGAUCAAGACGCAAUGCGGAAGUACACAGCCAGCAUUGAUGUACGUAAACAACAGCGCGUUACCGUGAGUCAGUGAAUCAAAAUAUCUUAUGCGAAUUUGCAUUUCAUAGAUGAAACAUUUUACGGGUUAACAUUAACACGGUAGCUAUACACGUUUCUGUGAUCGACGAUGGCAGACGAAAAGAGUGACAAGACCGGGGAGAACGUAUUCCUUUCCCCAGAAUGUCCGGUAGAAAAGGUGACUGUGUAUUCCGACAGAGCGGAGGUGUGUCGUCAGAUCCACACCACCGUCGUCAAAGGUGUCAAUGAAAUUGUCCUCAAACAACUGCCGGCGAGCAUCGACUCCGAUUCUAUCAGGGUCGAGGGAACAGGACAGGCAACAAUAGCUGAGGUGACAUUCCAGAGGAAGCAUACCACGCCAGACGAGGCCGACAUAUCCAGCAAGGAGAAAGAGCUAGAGAUUCAGAUUGCUGACUUGAAGAAGGAGAAAGAUCACAUUGUAGCAAAUCAGAAUGUUAUGACCAAGCAGUGGAAACUGCUGGAAAACUUUGGAAACACUGUGUCCAAGUCCACAAAGAACAAGAGCACCAACUUGGACACAGCCUACUUCCAGGGCGUGACAGACUUCCUGCAGCUGUACAGGGAUGAGGGAGGCAAACUGGAGACCACAAGGCUGGAGCUGGCUGAACAAAUUGCCAAGCUGGAUGAGAAGAUUAACGCUGCCGCCAGCAACCUCUCGGGACUGAGAGCGAACAGAGGUCAUCAAACAGAGUCCAGAGAAUGCACCAUCGUGCUGGAGAGUGAAGGUGAACACAAGGUGUCCCUGCUGGUGUCCUAUGUGGUGUUGCAGGCCUCCUGGACCCCCAGCUACGACCUGCGCAUGUUCACUGCCGAAGGGGUGCUGAAGAUCAUGUACUAUGGGCAGAUAACUCAGAUAACUGGUGAGGAUUGGAUGGAUGCUAAACUGUUCCUAUCGACUGCCAGUCCCAGUGUCGGAGGCUCGGUACCGCAGUUGGGCACCGCUGUUCUCAGCAUCCAACAUCUCAGAUCAUUCAACUAUCGCAGCAGAUUCAUGCCUCUGGCCAGAGCAAACAAUCACUCUCUUGGGGAUACUUCCUUGCACGAUUCUUAUUGUGAAGAUGUGUAUUCCUGUUCUGCAAGACUUAGAUGUGAUUCACCUCCUCAACUCAUGGUCUACACUCAUUCAACGGUGAAUGAAUCUGCCACCAGUACAUCCUACGAAAUAGCGCGUCAGUCAACCAUCCCGAGUGACAACAUGCCACACAAGGUGUCUGUUGGAAUAUUCGAUGUCAAGCCCAAGCUGGAAUAUAUCACUCUCCCCAAGGUCGAACCCAGGGCAUAUCUGCAGGCCAAGGUCACCAACAACUCCAUGUUUACACUGUUACCCGGGGCAACAAGUAUAUUCCUUGACAACAGCUUUGUUGCUAAGGCUGAGAUCAAGUUGGUGUCUCCGGGGGAGGAGUUCUUGUGUUCCCUGGGUGUCGAUCCUGCGGUCAGGGUGAUGUAUAAGCCACUCAAGAAGUUCAUGGGCUCCUCGGGUCUCAUCAGCAAGUCCACCACCACAACCUUCGAGCAAGUGGUGGAGAUCAAGAACACUCAUGAGUACACCAUCGAUAUUGUCCUGAAACUCCAGCUGCCACGCAGUAGUGAUGAGAAAAUCAAGGUGGCGCUGUUGGAACCCUGUCUUGAUAUGAAACACCCAGAGAAGAAUACUAACCCACACAUCACCAAACAAAACCACAUUGUGUGGAAGCUGAACCUUGACAAACAGGUAUCAAGGGAGAUAACUCUCAAAUACACUGUCGACCACCCGCAACAACUUCAGACACAGUUCACAGAAACAUUUGAGAAUGAAUGAGCUAUGACCUAUGGGACCUUUAAUUUAAACAAAUUUAUUCCAUUAAUUAUAGGUACUUAAUGUAAUUAUCCCCCGACCAACAAAGUCCAACAAAGUUGGCGGGGGAUAUAGAAGCGGGCUCCAUCCGUCGGUCGGUCAUGUUUCGUUUCCGGAGCAUAACUCAGAAACCAUUCAAUAUCUUUUCAUGAAACUUUGCAGGUUUGUCAGGUACAUGCUGAACUGGUGUUUUUUGCUAUUUAGAAAUUUUAUAAUUUUUUAUUUUUUACGUUUCCAUGGCAGCAAGAUGGACUUAGGUUCCAAACUCUUCUUUUUUUGGCAAUUUCCACCUCGGUUAAAAAAUGUAAGGGUUUGUUUAGAUUUAAUUUUGUCAUAAAUUCUGCAACAGGGGCGGGGGAUAUAGCCACGUUUGUUGCAAACUCUUGUUGUAUACUGAAUUGCAAUUACUAACACUUCUCCCUAACAUGUAGUAAGAAUGUUCAUUCAUAACAAUAGUAUUGUAUUUGAUUACAUAGCCCCCUCAGACAUCAACACUAGCCUUAAAAUGGGGGCAUAUGCUCGGACAAAUUGGUUGUCCAGACAAGUUUAAAUGGAGUCGUUCAAAUUCCACUGUGUUUGAUGAUAACCUGUUAGUAAAUUAUUCCCUGGUUGAAAAGAGAUAAUAUCUCACACAAUAAAUACAUAUAUUAAUUCAAGAUUUGACACCACAUUGUGGAACAUUAUUCCCCUUGAAAAAUGUUUUUUUAUAAGACAGGGACAAAAUGUGACUAAGUGUCUCUUUAUUCUUUGUCAAAUUAAGACAUUGACCGGAACAUUCAUUAGAAUAUGCGAUUUUUAAUCAAAACUUAUGAUGACAUAUUUUUGUGAAAAUAGUUUUAGUAAAACAGACUUAAGCUGUCAGCGUAUGUGAUGCGACCUUUUGAUACAUAUUUUUCAGUUUUUGUAUUUUGAAGAAUGUUUAUUUGUAUGAAAUGUGCCUUGUUUUUGGAAGAUCAUGACUUCUGUGAUUUAAAUGAGAUUGUUUCAAAUGUCACGUACAGGCAGCUAAAAUUGACAUAACCAGGUGUGCGUUUACUGUUAUCUGGUCUACUGUUGAUGUUUAAGCCAAGGGAUGAAACUCUUGUUUCGUUUGCAUCUUACUAUAAUUACUGUGUGAUAUAAAUUAUUAUUCACCAUAUGUGAGUGCAUUUUCCCGAGGCAAGGGAGUUAACUGACUGUAAUUGUCCAGUUUCCACCUUUGCCGAACUAGGCUGAAAUUUCCGGAUUCGAUCGUAUCGCCCCCAGUGGCUAUGUAUUGGAGAAAACACGCUCACGAGGUUUUGGUAGACAGAGCAUGCCCUGGGGAGAGGGAAAAAACAAGGAGGCGAAGCCCCCGCGGUUUUUCCCGACCCCCA